UUCAUAGUACGAAGUUAUUUUGUGUGGGUCAGGCGACACGUCUACAGGAAAAAUUGUCAGUUAGUACCAGUCGACUGCAAAGCUAUGGCAGGUGUCAGAGACUAAAGGAAAUAUCGUUUGUUAUAAAAACCGAAGUUCAUUCCUUGAAGUUUUAAUGUAAUUCAGCAUGUGUUAGGAUUAAGUGGACUUGGCCAGACAAAUUCGAUUUCAGUGAACGUGUAGUCAUUUGCUAUAUUCUGUAAUCCCCAGUGCUUUGUGUGAUUACAGUUAGUGGUCACAAGGGCAGCUCGAAGAAAAAUAUUGUAUCAUAUUACAGAAGACUUCUCAAGAUGACACUCAUAUGGAAUCUGGAUAAAGCGGAGCGAAUAUUGCGCUGUGGGAUUCUCAGUGCAUUACUGGCAACCGUAGCGCACUCGAUAUCGGACGUUGGAUGCUGGACUGCAUUUUUAAUACUAUGGUUGAAUACCUCCAUCUUAUACGUCAUCAUGGCGUCUUUGCAGGUUCCCACAGACGGCCGCGCUGUCGUGAUAACAGGAUGCGACUCUGGCUUCGGACUAGCUCUAGCAUUACACCUCAACAAACUGGGUCUUCGCGUGUUUGCGGGCUGUUUAUUCGCUGAUUCUAGCGAUGGCGCCAGAAAGCUGCGACAAGUUGGGUCUUCUACUUUACACGUUCUUCAGCUGGACGUCACUUCGCAGGAUCAAAUAAAAAAGGCAGUCGAUGAGGUUAGAAGUCAUCUUCCUGAAGGAGAGGUGCUGUGGGGCGUCGUGAAUAACGCCGGCAUGGCCACUUACGGAGAGGUGGAGUGGGUGUCGCUGGACACCUACAGGAAAAUGGCCGAGGUCAACGUCUUCGGCGUCAUCGCCGUCACGCAAGCCUUCCUCCCAAUGAUCAGGAGAGCCAAAGGACGAGUCGUUAACAUAUCGAGUGGUCUCGGUAGAAUGGCUGUGCCUAUGCGUUCUCCUUACGUCAUUACGAAAUACGCCGUCGAGGGAUUCAAUGAUGUUCUAAGGUAUGAAAUGAAGUCCUGGGGUGUACAUGUGUCUGUUGUGGAGCCAGGCAAUUAUAUUGCAGGCACCAGCAUCUUUACGGAGGAGAGCAUCAAAUCAGACGCCGCAAAAAUGUGGUCUAACAUGGGAGAAGAGGUACGAUCUGACUACGGCGAGGAACACUUCAAUGCCAGAGUGGCACUAAUGAAGCAAUAUGCCACUGGUGGGCUUACUGAUCUGUCCUUGGUCAUCAACGCCUUCACCGAAGGCCUCCUUCAGCGCUACCCUCAGGAGCGGUACAACGCCAUGGAUCUCUACUUCAAGGUCAGGCUGUUCAUCGCGAGCCAUCUACCGGAGAUCUUCUACGACAACAUCUACAUCGACUAUCUCAAGAAAUGCUGUCUCCGGGAGGCGCUGGAUAUUUGAUGGAGAAAUAAGUGGAAAAGAAGGAAAAUCCGAAUUGUAUUUCUGUGAUAAAUGUCCACCUUGAUGCUGGUUUCAUCCUGCGGAAAAAUGGGUUUUCAUUCAGGUUCCGCAUUAUCAUUUAUCAGGGAUGAUCGUGAUCAUGUGAUAAUAAUAAUAAUAAGAACUAUAAAUUGUUUUUAUAUACAUUGCGUUCAGUGCAUACGCUUAUGUAAUUUUCAUUAAGGAAAGUCUUAUGAAUUUGACCCAGAUUGGAUAUUGUUAUAUAUAUUAUCUAGUUGUGCCGAUAUUCCUUCAAUGGGAUUUUAUAAGUGAAAAUGACAGGCUGGUGGCGCAUUUUCACGAUGCAUAAUUCUAAGCCUCCUUUGCUCAUAAAACUUCCACUUUCAAUCAUUUCUUCUAGAGAUGAUCAAAUUCAUUCUAUGAUCUAAGCUAGGUAUCAGUAAGGACGGCUAUGACCAUUUCAGAGUACUUUUCAAUAAUCAUUUUAUUAUUUUGUAUAGCAGGGUAUUAUGACAAAUAUAUGAUGUUUAUGUUCAGAUUAUUUGAGUGACAGUUUCGGUAUCCUUUUCAAGGUGAUGUAAGACGUCCCUGACUCUGUAUCUCGGGUACUUGUCCUAACUCUUGUGAUACUCAGGUUUUGCUUUCAUGAAAACUAUAAGAAAAGUACCAACUUCCAUUUUAUUUUAUUUUAUUUACUUUAUUUUGUGUUAUUUUUAUUUAUUUAUUUAUUGUUAUGUGCAGUU